UGGAUCUGUAUAUCAGGGUUUUGUUGGCUCAUAGAAGCAUCUUGUGUAGAAGUGCUACUGUGCUGCUCCUUAAUUCCCAUACUCAGCUCAGAGGACACCAUCGGAGAUCUGAAGAAGCUAAUUGCGGCUCAGACAGGAACACGGUAUGACAAGAUUGUUUUGAAAAAAUGGUAUACCAUAUUUAAGGACCAUGUGACUCUUGGAGACUAUGAAAUCCACGAUGGAAUGAACCUGGAGUUGUAUUACCAGUAGAUGUAAAGGAUGAGGACCACAUGCUUGUACACAAUGCAGCUGAAAGGGGGCGCCAUCUACAACGGGAAAACACAAUGUCCUAUAUGUCUGAGUGUAAUCCCUUCAGUGAAAGAUAUGUUGUUCCCAUCACGUUUCAUUUGUUUUGAUAUUUUGUAAAUAAAUGUGGUUUAUACUCAACAAAAAAU